AAUCCAGUUGCAACAUCGUUCGAAAUAUUUUGGAUGAUAUUCGAGCCAAUAUUGUUUGGUAUAACGGGUACACAAAUAAGAAUUGACGAAUUGAAAGGCAAAACUGUAUACCUUAGUAUAAGUUGUUUAUUAGCCGGUAUAAUAAUAAGAAUAAUCGUAACUAUUAUAGUUGGUAUUGGUUGUAAAUUAAAUACUAAGGAAAAAGUUUUCAUCGCAUUAUCUUGGAUGGCAAAAGCAACAGUCCAAGCAGCCCUAGGACCAGUAACCCUUGACGAAGUUAAUCAAGAUGAUACUGAACAAGUCGAAUACGCUAACAUUGUAUUGACCAUUUGCGUUCUUUCAAUUUUAUUAACAGCACCGGCCGGUGCAAUAAUCAUAUCAUUGUCAGGACCAAAAUUAUUAACCAAAACUACGAACACUGGUGUACCACCGGAUGCUUGGAAAAAAACUAGAAGACCAUCUAUGAGAGAUAUUUCUAUAAUUAAUGAGGAUCCUGAUCUCGAAGAAACCGAAAACGAUAGCAAACCUUGA